UGUUAGAAGGAUAAAGGUGGUUUGAAGCUGAUUGUAAGGUUUUUACUGUUGUAUUAAACAGAGGUGGAGCUAAUUUAAAUUAGUCUAUAUACUGGUGAGUAGUUUAAUCUCUGUGUCCUAAGAUUGUGAUGUUUUCAGCAGAGUAACUGGUGAAUAACACGUUAAAAUAAAGCAAAAACACGGGUGUCCAACAGUGUUUACGAGGCUCUCACUUUCUAGGAAGCAGACUGCACCAGGAAUGCUGUUCUCUGGUGUUGGCCUACUGCAUGUUUGUAGAGUUACACUACAACACAACACAACUAAACAAACCAUUUUAGCUUCCUCAUAGAAGAACACACACACACACUCACUCACUUGCUGUUUCCUCAGUUUAUGUGUGAUUACUGUUGUUACUCUUUGCUUGACCCCUUACUGUGUUUUUCUUUUUGAAUUAUUCUGUACAUACUUAGCUGCUACUUCUUUUACUUUUGUAAGUAUCUAUUGUUUUUUUCUAGUGAUGUGUGAAGGGAGAGUGGCAAAAAUGAAUAUCAUUGCACAGUGUGAACAGCUACUUUGUACAGGUGGGAGGAGAGUGCACAUUUCCACAGUAACUUUUGAGUCUUAAAGGCCAAAAUCCAGAAAAUCUAAAAGAAUAGUCACUGUGCUUAAUAUCAGUUAAUCACAUCUGAGCUGCCAGAACUUUUAUUUAAAGCUGCUUACACAAUCUAAAUGGAGAAAAUGACCGCUGCAUCACACAGUCAUGCCUAAUACUUAAGAGUGUUACUGGGUUUGACUCGUUGCAACAGGACUGUAAACUAAUGUGUUUUUCUGUCACUCCCACGCUGCUGACUCUGCUCACAUCCUGACACAUUGGGCGAGAAUGAGCUUUUAUUGGUCAUUUAAAGGUUUGUGAGAGAGGCUGGUAUCAAAGGUGACGGCCAGCUCUCUAAAGCUUCUCAGGAAGGACGGGAAAAAAAAAGGGAUUAAAGGCGUUUCUGUGGAAGUGCUGCGUUGGGUUUAAAUCAUGAGUACAUCAGGACAUAACAGCACAAUCACAGAGGGUCCUGAUCUGACAAAAGGGAUGGAGAAGGUGAGGACGCUGAAGCAGUUUCCUCCAUAUGGUUCCAUGAAUGGCAGCUCCUCAGGAGACACCUGCCCCACGUGUCGUGGAACCGGGCGAAUUCCCAGAGGCCACGAGGACCAGCUGGUGGCCGUGAUACCGUGUAACGACGUGAGGCUGAAACCCAGACGCACGAAGCUGUAUGUGUGUGUCUCCAUGGCUGUGUGUCUCUGUCUCUGCUGCCUGAUCCUCUUCUUCCUCUUCCCCCGGAGUGUGACCCUGACGCCUGUGUCUGUGCUGUCAGUCUUGGUCUACUUCACCCCAGAUACAGUUGAUAUGCAGGUCACAAAUCUCAUCAACAUCACCAACGAGAACUUCGUCCCAGUUCAGAUCGUUGAGUUUGACAUUCAGGGUCUGGUCACAGACAUAGUUGUGGGUAAGACCAAGAUAUCUAAUAUGACCGCCGUCCAGCCCCGAUCACAGAAAUCGUACACCAUUCAAAUUGACCUGCCUAUUACCGAUAAAGGCUUAAACUCUUACUGCAAGUCGAGCUCUAUCAAGAUUCACACACUAUUUCUGGAGUUGCAAAUGACAAUGAAUAUUUCCUAUCUCUCUCACACCGAGCAGCUGUCUCGGAGCACCUUUGAGUAUAUUGACUGUGGCACCAAUUCAACAAUCCCACAUCCUGUGAGCUGAUGAAAUCAAAAUGAAAAACACCAAAGUGUCACUGCGAGAUAAUGAAUAUUCUGGCUGCGUUGUUCCUUUAUCUCCUUCCUAAAGGAUGUGAAUGAGAACUACAGUGAAAAUGCAUCUUAUCUUAUUCUGUAUGUUGUUUUAGCAUACCCUAAGACUUUAACCAAUCACUACAAAGUUAUAAUUUAAAAAUAUGCAUUUUUCAAAUAAAUUAGACCUGUAGAUUUUGUAAAAUUUAAAUUGUUUUCACAACAGGAUGUUCACAUGAUAAUCUUAUCUUAUUUGCACUUUAUUAAACU